CCCUUCCCGCACACACACAGAUCAGCUGUUGUGCUAGCAAGUGCCAACGACAGCAUCCCUCCGUGCUCGAACGAUGUGGCUUUUCUUAUUCCUCGCCGGCCUCGCCGUGGUGACGUUACUGGUGGUUUUAUUCGCGCCUCACAUACGAAGAUAUGCGGCAGGAGGUGUGUGCAUGUCAGCUGCCUGUCUGGACGGGAAGAUUGUCCUCAUCACUGGAGCCAACACCGGCAUCGGGAAGGAGACCGCCCUGGACCUGGCCACUCGAGGAGCUCGGGUGGUGAUGGCGUGCCGGGACGUGGAAAAAGGCGAGAGGGCGGCAGCCAGCAUCCGGGCUGCCUCGCCUGAAGCUCAGGUGGAGGUUCGGGAGCUGGACUUGGCCGACACUAGCUCCAUACGAUCCUUCGCCCAACAAUUCCUUCGAGACUUCACCCAACUUCAUGUCCUCAUCAACAACGCGGGGGUGAUGAUGUGUCCCUACACGAAAACUAUCGACGGCUUCGAGAUGCACAUCGGCGUCAAUCACUUAGGUCACUUCCUGUUGACGUCACUGUUGGUGGGCCUGCUAAAACGCAGCGCUCCGGCACGAAUCGUGGUGGUUUCGUCGCUGGCGCACAACUUCGGCUGGAUCCGUUUCCACGACUUGCACAGUCAAGGAAGCUACAACAGCGGGCUGGCGUAUUGCCAGAGCAAGCUGGCCAACGUGCUCUUUGCUCGAGAGCUGGCGAGACGUCUUAAAGGCAGCAACGUGACGGUGAACUCGCUCCACCCCGGCACGGUGAACUCGGACCUGACUCGUCACUCAACCCUGAUGAUGAUCAUGUUCAGCCUUUUGUCGGUCUUCCUGAAGACACCCCGCGAGGGCGCCCAGACUAGCAUCUACUGCGCUGUGGCCGAAGAGCUGCACUCCAUUUCGGGGAAACACUUCAGUGACUGCACCCCCGCCUUCGUGGCUCCCCAGGGGAGAAGUGAGGAGACCGCCCGACGUCUGUGGGACGCCAGCUGCGAGUUCCUCGGCAUCCAAUGGGACUGAAUUGAAGACUUUUAUCCAUCCUUUCUUUAAUAUGGUGGAAUAUUUUUGAAGCAAAAAACAACUACAACUCAUUUUUGUGACAAUGUGAAGAGAAGGCAGCUGAUAUCUUGCCAUAAUGUGAGCGGUCCAAGCAGGGUACAACGACCAGCAUCUUUCAGCCAAUAUUCUCUUAUUUUUUUAAGCAUAGUAUUUGCAUCUAAAACUGCUUCACGUGAGUGCCAAAAUCUCGCAGGGCUUUUUUUCCCCCCCAAACAAUUCGUAAGCCAAGUAUUACUUGACGGAAAUAUAUAAAGCAGGUGUUGGACUUCAGAAUGCCAAUAGUUUACAUGCGUGGCUUUUAUAUACCAAUCAGGUUCGUUUGCCUUUUUUAACCACACGUAACGUUCACGAGCAGAGUUGAAUGUUUACAUUUCUGUAAAUAAACCCUUACCAUGAAA